CCAGCUCGCCUUGGCCGCCAAUGUUUCACUGGAGCAAGUGGAAGAAAAGGAUGGGAGCGUCCGUCUCGUCCUCCGCGGGCGCCGCGGCCAAGAGGCCGGUGUUCGACGAGCGCGAAGAUGUGAACUUUGACCACUUCCAGAUCCUCCGAGCCAUCGGCAAGGGGAGCUUUGGAAAGGUGUGCAUCGUCCAGAAGCGGGACACGGAGAAGAUGUACGCCAUGAAGUACAUGAACAAGCAGCAGUGCGUGGAGAGGGAUGAGGUCCGGAACGUGUUCCGGGAGCUGGAGAUCCUGCAGGACAUCGAGCAUGUCUUCUUGGUGAAUCUCUGGUAUUCAUUUCAGGAUGAAGAAGACAUGUUUAUGGUGGUGGAUUUACUCUUAGGGGGAGACUUACGUUACCACUUGCAGCAGAAUGUGCAGUUCACGGAGGAGACGGUCAAACUCUACAUCUGUGAGAUGGCCCUCGCUCUUGACUAUCUGAGGAACCAGCACAUCAUCCACAGAGAUGUGAAGCCGGACAACAUCCUCCUGGAUGAACAAGGACAUGCUCAUUUGAGCGACUUCAACAUCGCGACGAUUAUCCGGGAUGGGGAGCGAGCAACAGCACUAGCGGGAACCAAGCCGUACAUGGCUCCAGAGAUCUUCCAUUCCUUUGUCAACAGAGGGACUGGCUACUCCUUUGAAGUGGACUGGUGGUCAAUGGGCGUGAUGGCUUACGAGCUGCUCCGUGGCUGGAGACCCUACGACAUCCAUUCGAACAACCCAGUGGAAUCCCUGGUACAGUUAUUCAGCACUGUGAGUGUCCAGUAUGCCCCAACGUGGUCCCAAGGGAUGGUCAGACUCCUGAGAAAGCUCCUCACCGUGAGCCCCGAGCACCGUUUUUCCAGCCUGACGGAUAUCCAGGCCUCCCCUUACCUGGCGGACAUCAUGUGGGAUGAGCUGAGCCAGAAGAAGGUGGAACCCGGUUUUGUCCCAAACAAAGGACGCCUGCAUUGUGACCCCACCUUUGAGCUGGAGGAGAUGAUCCUGGAGUCCCGGCCCCUGCACAAGAAGAAGAAGAGAUUGGCUAAGAACAAGUCCAGGGACAACAGCAAAGACAGCUCCCAAUCAGAAAAUGACUACCUUCAGGAGUGUCUUGAGGCCAUCCAGCAAGACUUUGUGAUUUUUAACAGAGAAAAACUGAAGAGGAGCCAGGACUUGGAUGCCCCAGAGGAGGCCACGUCUGCCCCUGAGGCCCCAGAAGAGGCCGACCUGGACACAGACACAGACCUGGAGGGCUCCCACUUCCACAUGUGCAGCUCCGUGUGCCCCUCGGCAGGGAGCAGCUAGGGCUUUUGCUGGGGGGCGAAAGAGCCCAGUCUUCUGGCCUCUGGAACUAUGAUUCUCAGGGGGCAAGGGUCAGCCUUUGUCUAGAGACUGGUCCGGAGCCCGCUGGGACAAAGCGGCUCUGGUACCUCUGGAUUAGCUAGAGCCGGACUCGGAACGGCGUCUUGGCUCCCUGACUUAGUGGCCAUCCCAAACACUCACGCCAGCUCCGAAGGACAGUUCUUGCCGUGCCAGUCUGGGUGCCCAGGACUCUGCUGCGGGGGAGCAGCCCAGGAGCCCCUGAAGCCCCACCCCGGGCAGAUUCCAUUUUCUUCACUCAGUGGCAUUCCACAGAGCCUGGCUCCAGGUGUCUCUAUGGAGGCAGGUCCACUUGCAUGCAGUCAGCCUCCCGGGCUGCCCCGUUUCGUGAGGGGCCUGCCCGGGGAUGCUCCCCAGGGGAUGGGCACAGGACCUGCCUUGUGUCUCUUCGGGGUGGGCAACAGGGUCCAGUCGGUGCCAGCUGUACAUACUGCCUUUUCCACUCUUUUGGAAGUCUUUUCUAGACAGGGCUGGGGCCGGUCCUCUUCCUUUCCCCACGUGCCAGCCUCGGACUGCCCGGGCCGCCGGACUCGUGUCCCCCACUUGGCUGACCCACGGUCCAGGGCCAAAGAAUAUGGUCUGGGAGGGUGGGGGCGGGGAGAGCGGGCGCGAGGAGCCCACAGUUCUCCCGGGCUCCCAGCUCCUGCCGGGCCUUUCGCUCCACUGCUGUAUAGUUUUCACCUUCAUUAAAUUAAAUGGUGAGGAA